AUGGCCAUCGGUCCGUUCACCAUCACUUUGCUGAGAGAACAGGUCAUCGACUUCACCGUUCCGUUCUCAGAAGGUAGUACUGGUAUCAUGACCCUCUCACCGGGCUAUGAAGCUAACAAAAGUUUGUUCCAGACGCUAAAGCCUUACUCCGUCCAAGUGUGGUUAUCCAUCGUGGCAGCUAUUGUUAUUGUCGGCUGCAUGUCCUUAUUGGUCAACCGAUUCACGCCAUUCGGGCGUAAAACCGAAGAUCGUCCUUUACAGGCCAAGUACGAAACAAGCUUGAGAGACAACCUGUGGAUGGUAUACAGUUCAGUGACAGAACAAGGUAUUCAGCAUAGUCCAGAAGCCGUUUCCGGCCGCUGUUUGAUUGGAUUUUGGUGGCUGUUCACCAUCCUGUUGGUGGCCACCUACACAGCCAACCUGGCCGCCUUCCUCACCAUAUCUCUGCCGCCACCGCCUAUAAACACGUUGGGGGAGCUUCUGGCUCAGGACAAAAUACAACCAAUCGUCCAGGCGGGAACGAGCUUUGAGACGAUGUUCAGGAAUUCUCAUUCCGACCUUUACAAAAGAACCUGGAGCAGACUUCAAAAUUCACCAAAGAUUUCCCACGAAGCCAGCAUACUGGACCUUGUGAAGGCGGGUCAAUACGCUUACAUAUCGGACCGCCCCGUGUUGGACUACCUUGCUGGUCAGGAAUGCAGGACUUACUCCGUGGCUGAAGAAAGUUUUGAUGUGGUUGGCUACGGAAUGGUUCUACCCCAGGACGCCGCUUACGGAAAAAUCAUAAACCGCUUAAUUGUGAGGAUGCAGGAGGCUGGAUUGAUGGAGAAAUGGCGCCAUCAUUGGUGGUCGUCCAACAGUUCGUGCAGGGAAUCUCCCCAAACCCUGCAGAGUCAUCUGGAUCUGGACAGUUUAGGAGGCCUCUUCCUUUUGAGUCUUACACACCAGCGCUACAAAGCCGUGCUUUACCGAGAAGGAUAUCCGGUCCACCCUGCUCCCUGCUGCAGAUCAUUCAAGAUUGGAUAUUUUGUGGUGGGAGGUGAACCACACCAGCUCUGUCCUGGUAGCCAGAGAUGCGCAGACGUCGUGAACACACAGAGAAAACCGGACCCCAUAGUUUUGGAAGCUCAGACAUUGAAACCAAACCAGGAAUAG